CCGGCCGUGGGGAAUAAGCAAACCGUGAUCCAGAAAAUAAAAAAUUCAAAUCCACCGCUUGUGUUCUUUAAUCAGCUAGCUAGUAUACAUCACAAGAUCACGAAAAACAAACGAGGCAAAAACAUGAGUGGGGAUAUCGCACACAGAAGAGUCCACACGAAUGGGAUAUGGAUCCAUUUCGCAGAGAAAGGGAAGUGCAAAGAAGGCCCUCUCGUUCUCCUCAUUCAUGGCUUCCCUCAGCUCUGGUCCUCCUGGAAGUUCCAGAUGGACCGUCUCGUGGAAACAGGUUAUCGGGUCGUUGCGCCCGACAUGCGGGGCUACGGGGACUCGGAUUGCCCCCCUGACCCCGCGUCCUAUACCGUUUUUCAUCUGGUCGGAGACUUGAUUGGCCUUCUUGACAACCUUGGAGAAAAACAGGCAUUUGUGGUAGGGCAUGACUGGGGAGCUCAAGUUGCAUGGUACCUUUGCCUCUUCAGGCCAGACAGAGUCAAAGCACUAGUUAACAUGGGGGUUCCUUACAGACCUCAGUCCCCUGUCAAACCAGUUGAUUUCAUGACCAAAAUAUAUGGAGAAGGAUUCUACGUUUCUCAAUUUCAGGAACCGGGAAGGGCAGAAAGGUCAUUUUCCAAGUACGACUGCCUGACGAUACUUAAAAAGUUUCUGCUCAUCGACAGUCCUGAUCUUCUUGCUGCUCCUCCGGGUACUGAGAUCAUAGAUUUUCUCGAAACACCGUCUUCUUUACCGGCCUGGAUCACAGAGGAAGAACUUAAAACCUGCGCUGCCAAAUUCGAAAAAACAGGAUUCACAGGGGCCUUGAACUACUACCGUGCUAUGAACUUGAAUUGGGAGCUUCUUGGACCAUGGCGUGGAGCGAAGAUUACCGUUCCUACGAAAUUCAUAGUUGGAAACAAGGAUGCAGGGUUUGAAUCGUUUGGGACAAAGACUUACAUAGAGGGAGAAGAAUACAAGAGCCAUGUACCUAACAUGGAGGUGGUCGUUAUCGAUGGGCAUCACUUCAUCCACCAGGAGAGAGCUCAACUUGUCAGCAAUGAAAUCCUAUCCUUCUUCAAUAAUCACCCUGAUCAGGUGUAGUUUACCAAUACUUUCAACUUUGACGCAAUUAGUUCUAAUAUAAAUAGAAGGAAGCCUCAACCAAUUGUGCUCAUUGAAAUGGGUCUAUAAUUUUCAGCUUGUGUUUGCUUAUUAGUCACGAGUUCCCCCUUUUGUUUGCUUAUGCUGUAUGUACUAACACACAAAACUCUCAAAAUAAUAAUAUACGGGUGUCGUUUUAAUUAGCA